AUGGUUGACAAAUUCAUUAUGAGGUUAUUAUCCUCGCUAAUAGGUUUAUCCCUCAUAAGUAAUGUAUUGGGAGCAAGCUCUCAAACAAGUGCAAAAGGAUCCAAAGGAUAUGAAUUUCCCUCUGUAAUAAUGGGAAAAGAUAUAUUCGGUAUGUAUUUUUUGAACGCCACAUUAGGGAACCCUGAACAAUUCCAGCGUUUAAGACUUGAUAUAGCACAACCCUACCUUUGGAUUCCAAACAUAGGAAGUAAAUGUCCAGAUUCAUCGACCACAUGUAAUGAAAGAACAGUAUACGAUCCUUCUUCAUCAAAUACAUCUAUUCCUUACAGAUCGGGACAUGUUUUUGAUUUUGAAUUUAUAGAUGCAUUAUUUGCCAAUGGUUCAGCUUACACUGACAGAUUUAGCUUCCCAAAUAUUUUGGGGAGUACAGAAUCCUAUUCGUAUGGGAAUCACAGUGGUUUGGUAGAAGUAGAUCAUGGACAUUUAAAUAUAUCAUCAAUGUCAUUUUUCAGUACAUAUAAUUCAGGCGGUUUAUCAAUUGGAUCAUUAGGUCUAGGUGGGAAUGUAGAAAGUAGAAAUUCAGAUUUAGACUCUGGACAAUAUGAUGGCUCUUUUUUUUUGUUAGAGGAGUUGAAAGAAGCAGGCUUAAUUGAAGGCCGUGGGUAUUCGUUAUGGCUUGGCGGUGACAACACCUCAUUAGUUGAGCAAGAAGGUACAGUAUAUUCAUCUGAGUCAAUUGCUGGUAGAUUAAUUUUAGGUGCUGUCAACCCUAACUUAAUUGACGGAAAAUUUGUUAGCUUUAAUAUGUUGCCAUACCAAAAUCCUGAUACCUUGGAGAUGUCAAACGGGUAUCCAAUUCUUCCAAUGGGUCCCAUCAAUAUAAUAUCUAAAUCUGGUGCAUCCCUUAAUAUGACUUCGAACAAUUAUCUACAGCCGGUUCUUUUAGAUAGCCGUUAUACAAAUUCAAGACUUCCAAUUGAAGCUAUUAUUCAAAUCGCAAUCCAGAUUGAUGCUUCAUAUGUUGAACAAUUAAAUAGUUGGGUAGUUUCAUGUUCAAUUCUGAAAGAAUCAGUUGUGUUGGAAUUUAGCUUUGGGCCGUUGCGUAUUAAAGUUCCAUUGAAACAAUUUUUAAAGAAGGCAAUUGAUCCAGAUACCGGAAACGCUAGGACCCUUUCCAAUGGUGAUCAAGCAUGUAUUUUAUCAUUGUACCCAAAUCAUGACAUAGGAUACAAUAUAUUAGGGGCCCCAUUUAUGAAGAGUAUAUAUUUGGCGGUUGACAAUGAAGGUGGUACGAUAGCAUUGGGCCAAUCGUUGAGACGUUUCAUUAGUGAAGCUGACAACAUUGAGGAGAACACUAGUGGAGCAGAUAUCGAAAGCACAAUUUCGGAAGGUACACUUUCAGAAAGCACAAUUCCAGAAAGCACAACUACAGAAAUGGCAAUCACGUCAAGUAUAACAAGCAACUCCUCAAUGUUAGAAAGGAGGGUUACUGCUAAUGCUACUGCUAAUCACAAUAUCUAUCUAGUAUCAUUAUACUCGGAAUCAGUGGGGUCAACAAUCGAAACUGAAUAUCCUGUGAUUGCGAUUAGUUCAGCCUUCAUACCGUAUGCAUCCACAGUAAAUAUGACCAGGACCAAGACGAUGAAGUUAUUACCGGAUGUGCACCAGGCAUCCAAUUACAGUUAUCCAGUUGAGUUUACAGCUACGUUGAAUUCGAAUGGGGUUAUUUCCCAAGGCCAUUCAUUUUACAAUACAGAUAGGACAUCGUCGACCACAAGGUCGUCGUCCUCACAAUUUGCUAGUUUAUCAGUAAGGGCACCUACAGCCACGAAUGGCACGACUAUGACGAUGUCUGCAGCAGGGUAUAGAUUACAACCGAUUUCAUAUACAGAGAACAAGAUGGGAAUCACUCAAAGGAUGAGUAUGCUCAGAAGUUGGGUGAUGGUCACUAUGCUAGCAUUAGCGACUGGAUUCCUAUUAUUUGUCUAG